AUGCUUGGUCGUGUUGGCGACUUACCAUUCGCCGGUUUCUUGAUUCAAGUCGACGGAGAUAAGGUGGACAUGAUCUAUUUGGCGAACGUGCCGCACAACAAGCUCAGUAUUCCAUAUGGCAUCUUGAGUCGGCCUACCCAGCUUCCAUACACUCCGAUCUCUAUUGCUGAUAUUAAUUAUAACUACACCGUUGCGAUGCCUAUUCGUAUGGAAGCUGGGCAGGUCGACUCGUUUGGAAGCUUGAAUAGUCUCAGUCGAUUAGAUGCCAUGACGAGACUAGAUGUCGCGAAAAGGGGCACCAAAAUUCUGUUGCUCGUCUCAACCGCUGCGCCGGCAACUAUUGUCGUCGAGAGCUUGAGCUGA